GCGGCGGGUCCCAGCCGACGGCGGAGGCACCGAUGGAGCCGCGGUGGCAGUACCAGUUCCGGGUGAUCAUGCUGGGGGACUCGACGGUGGGCAAGUCCUCGUUGCUGCGGCGUUACACCGAGGGUGUCUUCCUGGACGCCGUCAACCAGACGGUGGGGGUGGACUUCUACGUCCAGUUUGUGGAGCUGGAACCGGGGCUACGGGUGAAGCUGCAGUUCUGGGAUACGGCCGGGCAGGAGCGGUUCAGAUCCGUGACUCGCUCUUACUACCGCAACUCGGCCGGGGGGAUGCUGCUUUUUGACCUCACCAACCGCGCGUCCUUUGAGAGCAUCCGGCAGUGGCACCGGGAGGUGACGGACACGGUCCAGCCAUUCAGCAUCGUCUUCUUGCUGGUGGGGCACAAGAGUGACCUGGCAGGGCAGCGGCGGGUGGGCAGGAAGGAGGCGGAGAAGCUGGCAGCCUCGCUGGGCGUGCAGUAUGUCGAGACCUCGGCCAAGGAUGCCAGCAACGUGGUCCAGGCUUUCCAGAUGCUGACGUUGGCCAUCUACCAGGCGCUGCAAACAGGGCGGCUGGCUCCCACCGAGGCGUGGGACGGGGUGAAGAGCAGCGUCCCGCUGCCGGCACCGCUCAAGGCUCGGGCACCGGAGAAGGAAGAGAAGCGGAAGAGAUGCUCGUGCUAGAGCUGGGGACGCUGGCAGCCUGCCCCGGCGGGGCUGGGACACGCUGGGCUCUGCCCACCGCGAUGCACAGGAGGUGAGGCAGAGAUCGAGCAGCCAGGGUGCAGGCAGGAGCAGCAAGCGACUGCAAGGGCGCAUUAAACACCCCCUGUUCACCUCUC